CUGCUCCAUUUAAGCGCGAACCUGCAUGUGCGAAGAUCUCUUUCCCUUAAGUUGGGAGGAAAAAGUCCUCUCGCCAAACUAGACAAACUUGCCGGAAUUUCCUUUUCUUUCUCGGAUUCCACUGCCAGCUGCUGAAUAUGUCCGAUCCAUUUUCUUGCAAUCAAAUUUGCUCAACAUUCUCACAGAUGGAUCCACUUUGUUGCAACCCAAUUUGCCCAACACUCUCACAGACGUAUGCAGUUUGUUCCAACACGGUUUUCCCAACAUUCCCACAGAUGGAUCCACUUUGUUGCAACCCAAUUUGCCCAACACCCUUACAGACCUAUCCAGUUUGUUCCAACCCAAUUUUCCCAGCAUUCCCACAGACCUAUCCAGUUUGUUCCAAUCCAAUUCUCCCAACAUUCCCACAGACUUAUGCAGUUUGUUCCAACACGGUUUUCCCAACACCCUCACAGGUUCACGUAGAUGGAAAGAAAUAUUUGAAAUUCAAACACAGGAUUCCUCUUUCCCGAGUAGAUAACAUCGGAAUUUCAGGAGAACUGAAUGUGGACUCAGUCUGCUUCCAAGGUCCAAUUACUUAUCCAGUUUGUUGCAAACCAAUUUGCCCAACACUCUCACAGACCUAUCCAGUUUGUUGCAAACCAAUUUGUCCAACACUCUCACAGACCUAUCCAGUUUGUUGCAAACCAAUUUGCCCAACAACCUCACAGGUUCUCGUAGAUGGAAAGCUGCAUUUGGAAUUCAAACAGAAGAUCUGUCUUUCCCAAGUAAAUAACGUCGGAAUUUCAGGACAACUAGAUGUGGACUCAGUCAGCUUCCAAGGUCCAUUUACCCAUCCAGUUUGUUGCAAACCAAUUUGCCCAGCACCCUCACAGCCAAUUGCCUAUCCCAUUGGACAAUGCUUUCAGCCCAAAUUUAUGUAA